AUGUUUGCUGAGGGACCAGGGCUGGUUGACUCUGUCUCCUCCACCUUGGUGACCUGUAGCAGUCUGAUUGGACAAGCUGGCUCCCUUCAGUCCAUCACCCAGCAACUGUCUGAAAUAGAACAGAGGCUACUGAAGGAGCAUUUUAAAGGAACUAUCACCACUGAGGACCUACACACCAUCAUACACAGUGUGGUGGUGACCGUAGUGGAGGAGGUCAACGGGAUCCUCAUCCCAGCCAUCAUGGCCUUCGAGUAUGAGCGCCUAACAGGCUCCGUCAGCUCCAGUGACAUACCCAGCAGCGACGUACCCACCUACAGCAGCCCCUCCUCCUCGGACUACUACCGGACAUCCUCCUUCAGCACUAGCCUGCAGUCCUCCUCCCCUCAGAUAGGGCUGUCCAGCCCUACGCCUACACCUCCCAUCAUGCCGUUCAAACCUACCACCGGUGUCAUCAGACAGAGGACAUUGACCGUGAGCUUUCCUGAAGAGGCUGAUCGAGAGUCUGAGAGAGAAACUGAGGGAGAGGCAUCUCUCUCAGUGGACCUGGCUGCCUCCAGUAGCCCAAGCCCUUCUGAAAACCAAUCCUCGCCUUUGGAGACAAGUCCUCUGUGCUUGAGGUCUUCAGGAACCAGUUUUGAAUCUGCUGGAACCCAUUUGGAAUCUUCUGGAUCCAGUCUGGGGUCUUUAGGAACCGACCUGCUGGUGAAGGUCGAGGCCGUUAUUCAGGAGGUGAUAAGGGGAGCCGUAGAUAAACUAGAGGCCGAGAGGAACAACAGGCACGGAAGAAGGGUGAGAAACAUGAGUCCUGAGGAAAAGGCUGAGAGUGUCUCCAAGAGUACUGAGGCUGCAUCAAGAGAGAGUAGUGGUGAGAGGAGAGUCAGGGGAGUGGGGAGCAAUGGUAAGAAGGUGGAGACUGUUGCAGAUAGAGUGGCAAAGACAGAAGUGUCGACUAUUGCAGACACAACAGCCAAGACUGAACUUCUGACUAUUGAAGAUACAAUGGCUAAACUGGAGAUAAAGAAAGUCGAGAUUAUUGCUGAUGUGAUACCCAAGACUGCAAGUAAAGAGGUGGCCACUACGAUGGAAAAGGUGGAGGCUAAGGAAGAGGAUAAUCUUGCAGAUGUGAUGGCAAGGACUGAAUUUACAGAGGUGCCAAUUAUUGCAGGUACAACUGCCAAGAAUGAAGUUCAGGAAGUGGAGACUAUUGCAGAUGUAACGGAAAAUACCAAAAUUAAGGAAGUAGUUGAGAUUAACAAGAGGGACACCCAAGAGGCAAAGGUAAAGGCUAGUUUUGAGACAGAGGUCGAGCUGACUAAAAGGUUGGACAUUGACACGAAAACGGAAGAAGAAGCCAAUGCUGAGAUGAACCCAGAUGAACAAGACAAUACCAUAUCGGAGAAUAACAACAGAUGCUUUGAGCUUAUUCUAACAGCUAGAGAGGCCAAGAUAGAAGUCAGAGAUGAGAAAAUAGAAUGCAAGGUAGAACUCAGGGAUGAGAAUAUUGGUGCAAAGAAUGAAACUAUGGAUGCAACGGAUUCUGUUGAGAAUGCACAUGCUGGGAAAAGUGAACACAGCCACGUAAGCCCUGAGCUAUUUCAGUCAUCAUCAGACAAUGAUGAAGGCGGUCCUUCGAUGUUCCCCAUGACCAGCAUGUUGAAGAGCGCUGCCCUGUCCUCGGACCAGGUUGAUGAGAUCCUAGACAAGGUGAUCGAUGUUCUGACUGGGGAGGGCCACAAGUUCAUCUUCUCAGAGUACAGGCCAAGUAUGACCUCAAGCUCAGACUCCACGGUGUGUAUUGCCUCAAGCCCAGAAUCUAGACCAGGUCUUACCUCUACUCCAGUGGACAGAACAAGCAGUUCCUCCAUCCCUGAGGCCAGGCCAAGCAGUUCCUCCAUCCCUGAGGGCAGGCCAAGCAGUUCCUCCAUCCCUGAGGGCAGACCAAGCAGUUCCUCCAUCCCUGAGGCCAGACCAAGCAGUUCCUCCAUCCCUGAGGCCAGACCAAGCAGUUCCUCCAUCCCUGAGGCCAGGCCAAGCAGUUCCUCCAUCCCUGAGGGCAGACCAAGCAGUUCCUCCAUCCCUGAGGCCAGACCAAGCAGUUCCUCCAUCCCUGAGGUCAGGCCAAGCUGUUCCUCCAUCCCUGAGGCCAGACCAAGCAGUUUCUCCAUCCCUGAGGGCAGACCAAGCAGUUCCUCCAUCCCUGAGGCCAGACCAAGCAGUACCUCCAUCCCUGAGGCCAGGCCAAGCAGUUCUUCUGCCACUCCAGGGUCUAGCCCCAGCAGUGAGUCUCUGUGCUGCAUGUCCAGCGGCCACAAUCAGGAGAUCAAUGUCCAAUGCCCAUCUGACCCACCUGGUAAGCUCCUAGGAGGCCAGGCCAGCACCCCGAGGCCUCAAAACCCACUACUGCUCAGUGAAGAGGAUCUGUCAGACAGGGAGCUAAUGCCCUAUGCCAACAGCAUUAUCAACAUUAUCAUGCAGAAGAUGCACCAUGACGAUGACCUUUACGAGUCCGUGGGUGGCCAGAAACCACUGUCCCCAAGAAGGCGAUCACGCUCAGCUCUUCUGUCACAAUACUCUCAUCAGGACAACUCUGAGAUCUCUGUGCUUUACAUCCCCAAGAGGGCUGAUCGGAAAUCACUGAAGUCAGUUGAUCCGAAGGCCCUGAGAGUAGUCAGGUGGGUGCUGCAGACCAUCCAUAGACGCCAUGGGUGGCUGGGUCAGGCUAACGACCACAGCAGACAGGCCAAAGAAAGCUUGCUGCUCUGUGAUGUCAUCCAGGUCCUGCUUGAGAAGCUCGACCACAAGAUGGCCACUACUGGAGAUCUACAGGUGGCACCUACCCAAACAUAUGCCCUACAUACUGACGACCGCUUCAAGACGAAGUUGCAGGAGGCUACAGUUGAACCCAUCAGCGAUAUCAUCGGACAUCUGUCCAUCAAUCUGCUGAGGUCCGAGUCUUGCUUCGUGCCUAAGAAGAGAUGGUCGUCGUCAAGCACCCGGGCUAAGAGCGUCUCAAUGACCAACCUGGGGAGCCGAGCUGCGGCUUCGGCUGUGGCCAUGGACAUCAGCUCCAAAGUGGUUGAGAAGCUCAAAGAGGCCUCAGGUAGCAGCAAGACCACCUGCUCGAUGACUAGCCUUCGGGACUUUGUCAGAGCCAUGACCGUCAGCCAACCAGAGCUCAGCCAGCAGGCCACCUCGUGUGGGUCAAAAAUUCACAAUGUCUACAGGGAGGUUCUGGAGAUCGUUGUGACCAAGCUGAGGAGUUUUGUCACCAAAGGGGGAUCAUUUCACAAGCCCACAGAGCACUUAGCGCAGAAGAUGGCGGAGAGCUGCCUCGAGGUAGAAUGUGCUUUCAUGGAGAUUCUGCAGACACUUAAGAGUCACGGAACAGGCGAUGAGGCAUGCAGCGCCUGGGCAGUUGACUGCAUGUCCACGACUAUCUCUGACACCAUGUUUAAACGUGUGACUGAGGGGGGCCAUCCUCCUCAUCUUACUCAUGUCUCUGGGGCAACGGUCACAAACUGUGGUCCAAUCAGAGUCAGUGAUGUUAACCAGAAGCGGCCUAUCAAGAUCAAGGCUAGAAUGUCCAGGUCCUCCGUGAACCUCCUACAAACCACUGUGGAGAAGUUUGUGCAUAAGCUGACGGGUGAGCGGGUGUCCAUCCCAGAACUAGGAGAAGGAAUGUCUACUUCUACCAGUCCCCAGCAAGGAAAGGAUCCUGAGAACCUACAGAGAUUCACUACUGAGCCUCCCUCCGAGCUCUCGCCACGGAGCCAACUUAAACGGGAGGAGCUAAUUAGUAUGCUGUGUGCAUUAAUGAGCAAAUCCAUCAUUAGCUCCUUGUCUUUGGAUAGAGCUUUUCUGGUUCCAGUUGACGCAGUCUCAGAUACAAAGGAAAGCAGAGCUUCUGCUGUGAAGUUGGGUAGGAAUACCAGCACACUGGUGCCAACGCCCCCUCCUCGCCCCACCCACACUAACAGCCAGACGGAUAAUAAGCCUGUCCAAGAGGACAGCAGGAGGAGAUUCCGACCUCUCCGUACUCUUCAGGCUGCCAAGAGGGUGGUCAGCUCCAUGGACUUGGGCAUUUCCCGGACCACUAGUAGAAGCAGUGGGGUGGUAGGUCAGCUGGCGUGUCCAGCCAAAAGCAACAACAAUCUCUUCAGCGAGCCGCCAAGCACCUCUGCAGCCAGUUCAAACACAUCCCUAGUAGCCUCUGAGAUCACUGAGAAUGUGGUGUGUCAGCUCCUCCAGGGUGAUUCUCCAGACUUCAUGUCAUCCAGCAACCACACCAGCCCCAGAGGAACAACAUUCAACUAAUGGAACUGCAGAAACAUCGUUUUCUAAAUAUCUAGGCUUAAUAAAAAAUAAUUUUGUC